GACGGCAUCACGGCUCUGGCAAGCCGCCCAACAACACGGUUGUGCCCAUACAAAGUCGCACGAGGAGCCCCCGAGCCUCGUCCGCCCAGCGCUGUCACGUGCACAUCUGACAGCAGAUCCCGCCCCUUCUGGGUCCGCCCCAAGAUAACGGCCGUGGCUCCUUCUUGGCUUGCAGCCUACCACGCUGAGCUAGCGCCGACCGCCAAGAAAGACCGUGGAGCACCGGGCCCAAACAGAGACCGUCCUACCCGCCCACAUGCCGUCCGGCGGGAAUGCCCCUUCUCUUACAAAAGGAAUGGCACGCCGCAGACCGAAUCUCGCUGUGGCUUCUGGGCGACAAGAACGCUCCCAGGGGCAGCCUAGGAUGGGGCGCGACUGGCGUUUUGCUACCCGGACACCUUAAAGACAUCGCGCACUUUUGAUACGCAACGAAAGUCGACGAGAUACAUGCACCUGCCCACCUAGGUACCUACUUGAUAGCCUGUCCCUUACCAAGCCUUCCAGGGCCUGUUUCCUUUCGCCCUUUCUGUACGGCCGAGCUGAAAGGAGAUGACCAAGGGGGAAGUGAAAGACGACCACCGAAACCGGAAAGCCCCGAUUCAUCGCAUGCACGUGCUCCGGCGCGAGAGGGAUCUGCAUACCUGCUUGGUUAGGCACUAUUCCAGAAGUCCACAUCCCCGUCGCCGUCGCCGCCAGCCCUAUGAGCUUGUCACGAUGGACGCCAGCCCGCGUUGCCAGUCGCAGCGCCGCCUCGUGUUUUGAAGCGCUGGCGCGCGCCUGUCUCUUCGUGCUAGCUCUCACCGUGACGGCGCACUUUCUACUCGGCGGCCACGCCGAUCCUCAACGAUGUGGCGCCCUUCUUUCGCAUGGCUCGUGGCCCGCCCACGACACCUUGGCCAGCUGGCGGGACUGGUUCGACCGCUGGGAGCCCCGCGGCUGCCGCAUGCACGAGUACUCGCGCGACGACUUUAGUGACUGUCUCGCCGGCCGCCGUCUCGUCUUCGUUGGGGAUUCCACCAUGCGCCAGCUCUUCCUGGCCGCCGCCAAACGCCUCGAUCCUGUCCGCGCCGACGAGGAACGGAUGCGCGCCUUCGUCUCAGACAACCCCCGGCACGACAUCGACGUGGCUAUCCACGGCGUCCGAUUUAUCUUCAUCUAUGAUCCUUGGCUCAACUCGACAGGUCUCGCCCAGGAACUAGGCGACUUCCGCCCGGGGCCCGGCGGAGACUCGUCCGGCUCCGCUGCGCUGCUGAUGGUUGGUGCCCCCGGGCUGUGGGCUGCCCGCAACGGUGGGGAUGACUAUCUGGACCUGUUCCAGCGCGGCAUCGACACCGUCAGACCCUAUCUGGCGGACCCCAUCGAACCUGCGAGCGCUAGCCCGGAUGUCAGCUACCGAGACCUCAAGAAUCAUGUCCUGAUAGCUCCCGUGCAAGUGCCCCGCUACAGGAAGCUGUCCCCCGCUCGCGCCGAAGUCCUGACCCCCUCCAAGAUCAGAGAGAUGAACGGCUACCUCGCGUCGCUGCCGCGCCCCGCGUCCUCGCGUGUCGUCUUCGCAUACAACCAAAUGACGCGUCCUGGCACCCGCCGCGCCUUCGAAGACACGGGCUUGCAUGUCAGGGAGGCCUUGACCGAGCGCAAGAUCGAUAUUGCCCUCAAUCUGCGUUGCAACCAGGGACUCGUACGCCGGCAGCCCCACGUAAAUCGCGAGACGUGCUGUGUCUCGUAUCCCACCCUGGCCCGUGGCCAGCGCCUGACUCUCUUCAUCCUCGCCAUUUCCGCCCUGCCGGUUGCCUUUAGCUUACUGCUCGCCUUGCGUGGCGCCUCGCUCUCGCGGGGCCUCUCGUCAUCGGACGGCCAUCUUCGCCAGGCCCUCGGUGUGAUUUCCGUCGUGGUACUCUACUGCUAUACUGCUGACCGCACUCAGCUUUUCCCCAAGGCUGGGAAGCGCCUCAGCAUCACGGGGCUCGUGACUGGGCUAGGGACUGUCGCCGCUCUCAGUGCAUUUUCCUUGCGGAAAAGGGGCCAGACCCGUGGCCAGAACUCAGCCGGGAGAAACAAGCCAGCCUCUACCGCGACUCUCGCUUUGAGAUCGUCAGGAUCCUCCGCAAGAGCGAUGCCUGGAUCUCCGCAAUACAACGAGAACACAGUCUUUCUACCACGCGAGGUUUCGGACGAAUGGAAAGGCUGGAUGCAGGCCCUGGUGCUUAUGCUGUCCUUCCAAGAGCUAUCGGACCAGCCUUGGGCGUACAAGCUCUUUCGCCUCAUCUCAGCCGCCUAUCUGUUCAUCUGCACAUAUGGGCACGCCAUGUAUCUGCUGCGAACCUGCGACUAUUCGCUGCGGCGCGUUGCCACCGUUGUCUGGCGCCUCAACGCUCUCCCCUUCAUCGUGUCCAUGGCGGUGGGUUCCGACGGGACCUUGUAUCACUUUCCGCGCCUCGCCAGCUUCUGGUUCUUCAUCACCUGGUUGACCUUGCGGAUCGGCUGGCGGCGCUUCAACGGCUCACCCAGCAUCCUCAUCCUCAAAGUCUUUGCUGCGGCCUUCUUCACUACAGUGCUGUUCAGUUCCAGGGCGCCUUUUGGGUUUCUCGGCCGUGUGCUGGCGACGAUGGCGCCCGGCAUCAUCUACAACGCUGAUGUUGUUCUCUGGGAGCUCUCAAUGGACCGCUUUGUGCCGCAUCUCGGCCUCCUUUUUGCCGUGCUGACCUAUCGUGCCAACGUCAUAAAGUUGGCUUAUGCGAGGCGUCAGGUCGCCCAGGCGCACAUCCGCUCACCCCUGCCCGGGACCCCCAUGUCCGUCCCCGGCCAGCCGAGGCCGAAACUACUCCGGGAGCGCGGACCCCCGGCGGCGGCAGCCAUGGCGGCUGCGGGCUCCAACAACACCGUCGACUGGGCCCUCGCGUCGUUCCUGUUCCCGGACGAGGCUCUCGCGCCCAUAUACCCGGGACUGCUCGCGCUCGCGUUUCUGAACAUUCCGCUGUUCUUCCUCGAGACCCAGCUCAGCUCCGGCUGGUUCCAGGACCGGGCCCUGUACGACGCCGUCCACCCUUACAUAUCCUGCGCCCCCGUGGCCACGUACGCGCUCCUCCGAGGAGGCUCGUACGCGCCCAUGCGCCGCGCGCACCUAGCGCUGCCGGCCGCCCUGGGCCGCGUCGCCCUCGAGUCGCACGUGCUGCACCGCCACGUCUGGCUGGCCGGCGACGGGUCCGGCCUGCUCCGCAUCGGCCUGGCGUGGUCGCGCGGCGUGCCUGCCGGCGGCCCCGUCCGCCCCGGCGCCCACGGCGGCGGGGGCGGUGGUGGCGGGUGGAUUGCCCAGACGGGCUGGAGGCUGGAGACGCUCGUCGUGACCGUGGUCUUUCUCUGGGUCUGCUGGCGCGCCAGGACCGCGGCCGAGACGCUAGGGAGGUGGGCGCUUGGCGGCGGCGGCGGCGGUGGCGACAAUCAUUCGGCCCCUCUUCCCGACGGCGAUCUCGAGAGCGGCUCGGACGGCGCCGACGGGCGCUCCUACAGACUCGACACGCUCGAUCCGGGCCUACCCGGCCUCCGCGAGCCGAGCCCAGCAAGGUACAGGCAUGAACACCAGCCCGGCCAGCUGCGAAAGGACCACCCGGGCGACCAACAGGGGGCGGGCAGGGCCAAGGGCUUACGGCAGGACCCUAGGCUUCGAGUGGCCGUGUUGCUGCUGGUGGCCUGGGUGAGCAACCUGAUAUACAAGUAGCAAGAGAGAGAUACGAGGGCAGAAACGGCAAGGUGGGAAAGAAAUACGGACAUGUCUGCACAUUAAACGAUGCAGCUGUUAAAAAUAGGGAGGCAGAGGCUGGGUGGCGAUGACUUCUCUGCAGCGGCAGAGAGAUAAAUGGCCAUGAUAUGUCAGGCUCUGCAAUAAAUUCCACGAGUUCUUCAUGAUUUGCGACUAUCUGAGCCCCAGGGCUUUGGGUUGGGUUGGCUUGGUCCGUUCCCGAGGGCUGUCAGGUCAAGCAGCGCCGCAGCCCCGUCUUCUCCUCUGCGGACGAGCCCUCCCCCGAGUUACCCUGCACGUCCGGUCACAUCACCACAUCACAGUCUUCCUCGAGGCGGACAAAACCAAGGUGUUGAUGUGAAAGGGGGGGGGGGGAUGCCGAGGUCUUGUAAGUGAUUGACAAGAGCAAGUGCUGGUAGAUCUUUUCCAUAGUCGCGUUUUCAUUGUCCGAUGCAUCGAUCUGCUCUCUAG